UCAGACUCGGAGACAAACAGCGCUUUACUACGAGCUGAGAGGAGCCGAGCAGCAGCAGCGGCAUGACAACACAAACUGACUCUGUGGACUGAGAGCUCACUGUCACAGGAGGAAUUCACCGCUCGGUACCAAACCCUCUGAAGUUUCUCUCAGAUAUCCACAGACAAAACAUCUGUAGAGGAGAAAGACAUUUUGAAAUCUUCUUCUUCUGUGGAGGAGGAUUUUUUUGGGGUGAAAAGGUGAAGACCGGCGGCAGCGUCGAACAAGCUCGUCUGUGGAAGAAACCAAAAACACAACACAGGAGGAGUAGAGAAGUUUUGACUGCUGCUGCACAGAGAGCCGUGUCUUUGUGCGAAGAAGAAGAAGAAGAAGAAGAAGAAGAAGAAGAGUCAUCCUCGGUUUAUAGCUGCUGGGAUCUGUCUGUAGUAUCAGCCAGACCAAUAAAAGUGUCCCGGAGCAGCCUUGGAGAGGACGUGGCCGAGGCAGAUUCUGCAGCGGAGUGGAGCUGCUGACUGAAUGCAAAGGAAACACUGAAAGCCGUUCUCCAGACCUCCCUGCAGCUUCAGGGGAGAUUGUCAGAUGUGUACCCAGCACUCAAAGCCCCUGGCCUGGCCGCGGCGGGGAUGGCAGCCUCUGCCCUGAACCUGAACGGCCUUGGAGUCAUGAACAGCAGUAACCAGUUUCACACCCAGCAAGGCUCCUCUAGUACCACCUCUCGAACUAGAACCAGUCCAGUUGGUCGACCCGUGCUGCCGGUUCCAGAUCGGAGCACCUACUGUCAGUUACUUGGUGGGGGAGCACCAGGCGGAGGUCUCUACAGCCCAACCAGCCCGAAGACGAGCCCCCGCGCCCUGGGUCGGACCUUUGUCUUCCCCUCUUCGUCCUCGCUCUCCCUCAGCCCCACCCCUCGUGCUCGCUCCCCCUCCCCACGAAGCCCGGAGCUCUUGGGAGUCAAUGUGGGCCAGCGGGUCCGACGACUGAGCUCUCCCGGCUGUGAGGAGAGAGGGGAAGGAGAAGGGCAGGAGGAGAGGGGAGGAGAGACGGGAGGAGGAGAGAGGCGAGAGGACAGGAGACGCCAGGCGCAGCUGCUGCAGAUACACAGAGAGCUGCAGAACGUUGAGGUCAGGGGAAAAGUGGGAAUUUUCGAGGCCCACAUAUCCGGAAUUCGUGCCCAAGUGCUUAACACUGAGCUCCAACGCAGCCCUCGGUCUCCAAGACGAGCGACUAGCCAAACCCCGUCCUCUCCCAGCCAACAAAACGCAGGCCUUGAAUGCCCGAUGACCCACCCGCAAGAAAGUAAAGUUCCCUGUGUUGUCCAAAAUGGAAGAGAAAGGGAGGAGGACACAAUGGAAGAAGAAAGGAGAGAAAGAGGAAAGAAAGACGAUGAGGACAGUGAUACUAAAACAAACACAGACAAGACACUCAUUGGUCAAAAUGGUCGGCAUACAGAAAUAAUGCAAACUCCCUGUUUAGAUGGACCGUUUGUUGCUCAGGGUUCCCUUGAGACAUUAAACCCAGAUGCAACAACAGAUGGAGAGAAAAAAGAGGGAGAAAGACUGAGAGAAAAAGACAGAGGGGAGGUAGAAAACAAACAAAUGUUGGGAGAUGAAAGACAACGGACACAGAGGGAUGUGAGAGAUGAGACAACGGACUGGUCUUGUCCUGAGAUGCUGACAGAGGCAAACAGGUCAGAGGUUAACCCAGAGACCGAUGCUUUACCUCGGGCACAAAACAGUGAGAGCGCCCCGUGCUUACAGGACAUCACCGAUCACACCUCCAACCACUCGCCCUCCAUGCCUCCCUCCAUCCCUGCUGUCAUAAUAACUGACCACGGUUUGGAAAGCCAGCCUCAAACUUCUGAAGUUCCUGGCUCAGACCAGGGACUAGGCUGCCACCCUAGCCCCAGUUCUAGCCCUGUCCCGGGUCCAAACUCCAACCGCUCCCUCAGGAAGCUGUCGUCCUCCUCUGCCUCCUCGGCUGGGUUCUCCUCAUCUUGGGAAGAGUCGGAGGAGGAUAUUUCCAGUGACACAGAGAAAGGAGAUCAGCUUCUCAAUCCUGCAGUCCUCACGUCUCAACAGAGAGCGCACAAGUCUUGGAAGAAGAUCAAAAACAUGGUCCACUGGUCACCGUUUGUCAUGUCCUUCAAGAAGAAAUAUCCCUGGAUACAACUGGCUGGACAUGCAGGAAGCUUCAAGGCAGGAGCCAACGGCCGUAUAUUAAAAAAACACUGUGAUUGUGAGCAGCGCUGUUUGUCCCUCCUGAUGAGGGAUGUACUACGUCCGUAUGUCCCUGGUUACCAUGGAGACGUAGAGAAGGACGGCCAGAAAUAUAACCAGAUGGAGGAUCUGCUGGCUGAGUUUGAUUUCCCGUGUGUGAUGGACUGCAAGAUGGGAGUGAGGACCUACCUGGAGGAAGAGCUGACCAAGGCUCGUAAGAAACCCUCCCCGAGACCCGACAUGUAUCAGAAAAUGAUCGAGGUCGAUCCUGACGCGCCGACGCCAGAGGAAAACCUCCAGAAAGCAGUGACCAAACCCAGAUACAUGCAGUGGAGGGAGACCAUCAGCUCAACAGCCACCCUGGGGUUUAGGAUAGAAGGAGUCAAGAAGGAAGACGGGACGGUGAACAGGGAUUUUAAGAAAACAAAGACGAGAGAACAAGUCACUGCAGCCUUCCACGACUUUGUCAAAGGAAAUAAGGACAUACUGAACGGUUAUCUAAACAGGCUGAAGGAAGUCAGAGACACUCUGGAGAUCUCCCCGUUCUUCAAAACCCACGAGGUGAUUGGCAGCUCCUUGUUAUUUGUUCACGACAGUAAGGGACGGGCCAAGGUCUGGAUGAUCGACUUUGGGAAAACCACACCUCUUCCUGAAGGACAAGAGCUAACCCACCGAGCAGCGUGGGUGGAGGGCAACAGAGAAGACGGUUACCUUUCUGGACUUGAUAGUUUGGUGGACAUCAUUUUAUCCAUGGUGAAUCCUGAGACUUGAAGUCUGAGGGUUUGAAAAAAAAAUCCAAGUGAACAUUUGGACACACAACAACCACUUCCAUUCAUUCUUCCUUUCUCUCGGGAACACUUUGGACUUCCUCAAGGAUUCCUUCACAGACGUUUGUCGUCAUGUUAGAAACCACAUCAUCCCGUAACAAUGCGUGGUCAAAUCCAUUCAUAGAUGCAACCUUCCUGUUCAUGUCCAGUGGAUUUCAGGAUCUUGCUCUUUCCCAUCCAUAGAACUUUUGAUGUGAUCCUUAAACCCUGAAAACCAACAGGCCUUUUCACAGCAAACAUUUUAACUUUAAACAUUAAAGAUGGCUCAGUUCCAUUAAGUGUCUCAGUAAGCCAUCCCUGUAAACCAGCAUUAACAGUACCUUUAAUGUUAUUUGUUUACAACUGUGUUUUUUCUGCGAGGAUGUCGAAAUGUCUGCUGUGAAAAAGGUUCUUUUUUAAAAUGCAUUUUACCUGCAAGACAACAUUUUUACUAAAAGAAUUCUCUUUUAAAGCAAAAAAAAAAGUAAUUCAAAUUGAAGGCUAAGGCUGGUGAUAUUUUUAUACUUUAUUUAUUGUAAACAAAUCCCACAAAAAGACCGUUUGUCUUCCAAUAUCUGCCCAGCCUGUCUGUGUCUCUCAGCCCCAAGCCCAUCAGAUCCUGCUAAAGACAUAAUAUUUUUGAAUUUUAUUAUUUUUUUAAAGAUUAUUUUUUUGGGCUUUUUGCCUUCAAUAUACAAGACAGUGUGAAAUGGGGAGACAGAGAGAGUGGGGGGACGACAUGCAGCAAAGGGUUGCAAGCCGGAGUCGAACUCGCGACCGCUGCGGUGAGGCAUCACCUCUAUAUGUGGGGCGCCGGCACUAUCCACUAAGCUACCGAUGCCCCAAUUUUAUUAUUUUUUUUUAAAACUAAAAUGUCACUCAGAGAGCGCAAUCCUCUGUCAAGACCAAAUGCCCCAUCUCACAGUGUUGAAGGUGCAAUAUACAACAUUCAGAACAUUAACUAAGCAGCAAACUACUAUUGGAUUCUAGAUUCGAGAAGUUUAUUGUCAUAUGAACAGUAACACCAUACUAUGAAAUUCUUAAUAAUGCUUCUUAAUGAUAAUUUCAAUUAAUACAUUUAGGAUUAAAGUUAGAUUUUAAGAAAAAAUGAAAUAAUUAAUAAGCCUCAAUGGCCAGUUUAUUGUCGCCAGCAUGCACGGGGGAACAGUGCUCAGUCCGCCAUAUGAUAAGAGUGUUAGCUCUGUCAGCACUGUUGCUGUUGUUAGCACUGAUGCUGUUAGCAACAAGGCUGUUAGCACUGCUGAUAACAAGGCCAUCCCACCACCAUACAUUGGGAUGGCCUCAUCUUUGAAGCAUAACGCCCACCCUCCAUUCCCUCCCCUUCCAUGUCACCCUGGUGACUGUAAGCAAACCCUCAUUAACACAGAUAGCUCUGUCAGCACCAUAACUGUUGUCAGCACUGCCCUGCCAGACGCCACCAUUUCAGCUCAGCCGUAUUCCAUGUUUGCCUGUGACGUCCAAGAUGAGAGCCAUGUGCACUCCUGGCUCAGACUAUGAAUGCUGUAUAUUGCAAAGUGAAAAGUAGUUUGGGUAUCUGCCCUGUGAUUUGGAUCCACUUCAAAUUUCAGUGACUUCUUCAUCACCCUUCCAACAUGUUUCAUGAAAAUUGAGCCAGUGAUUUUUGUGUUAUCUUGCUGCCAAACAGUCAAACGAACAAACCGAGCCGAAUAUGUAACCUCCUUGUCGGAUGUAAAAAUGGAUUGCAAAAAUAUAUGUUUUAAUGUUUUUUAAAAGAUUAAAUAAUUCUCUGAAACUGCUGUACACUGCAGUUUUAGCAAACGUAUCCCAAACAGGGAGAAAUAGUGCAUUUGUUGGCAACUAUUUUCAGCUGUGGAUUAAUACACAUUUUGGUGUGCUAGUGAAUGUGAGGGAUCAGCUAAAAUAAAAAGCCCAACAGUGCCCAUGUUCAUUGUAAUGAAUGAAUAUGUCACCCAGUGCAACAGUAGGUGCGUUUCCAUCCAUGCAUUACAUUUGGAUGAAAACCCAACUACAGCUCAUUAAUGUGUCCCUUAUUUGUGUUUUUGGACAAAGAUGGAGCACUAUGGCACAGAGGAAUAAGCUUCACCAGCCUUUUGAUACACAGACAAAAGUGAAAGGAUCGGUUGAUUGUUGCUUUUGGUCUUUUUGUGGGAUUUGUUGAUAGUAAAAAAGAUUCAGGAAGAAAAUGUCACCAGGAUUAUAAUUUAAAGCCACUGUGUGUGGAAUUUGAACAUGUCUGACUUUGCUGCCCCCUGGUGGUUGUAGCGAAAAAGACUAAUUUUUGUAAAUUCUAAUUUCUAAACUUCCAUAUUUGACCUUAAUGCACCUCAGCUCUCAUGACUUUUAUACAACGUAACUUAGAUUAAUCUCCAUUCAGUCAGAGGUAGAUUUUAUUUUUCCUCAGCAUAUCUGAACUCAGUUUUAUUAGAUUCUUUUUUCACCACAACUUCAGCACACUGCCCGUUUCUUUUAAAAAACAAUCUGCAUUUGAUUACAUUUCAGUCUGUUAGAGAUUGUACAGUUGAGUGUUUUACAGUGAAAAACAAAACUAGUCUUUUAAGCUGUUUUUAACUUCUGUUUUUAACUCGUCACACUUAGACUUUAGAUACUGCAGGUUGGUCAGUGAGGUUUUCAGUGGCAGCCAUGUUUGCUCCACAAUAAUCUGGCAAUAACUGGCAAUUAUGUGGAGCUAAAUGAUACAUCUCACAGUAGAUUCAGUAUGUUAUGGAGGGCAUUGUUUUACAUGUAACAUAUUUGCAGCCAGCAUGGCGUCUGGAGGACUUCCCUGGCCAAACACGUCUCACCCUUCUCACACUUUUUGUUGGGAUUGUUCACAGUGUACAAUAGAGUUUAUUAUGUUUGAUGUAGUUUUUGUAAACUUAUUUUUAGUGUACUCAAAUCCUGUGGAACACUUACAGCCAUGAACAAUCUUAUUUAAGCUAUACAGUGCCUUGACAUUACAAAGCCAAGUCAGACAACUGAAAAUACGUUCUUACUUUAAAUGUUACGAUGAACUCUUCUCCUAGUCUUAACUGUCGGUUUCUGUGCGUAGUCUUGGGUGCAUGUUUAUUAUCCUCUUGAAGUUUGGGCUUAAUUUGUAUUUCAGUCUGUUUUUAUUUAUAACAUUAUAUUAUGUUUUUGUUUUUUAGCUCAUGGGAUACUGUGACAUUUUGAAUUUUGGGCUGUUGUUUUGUUUUCAAGCAUGUGUUACAGUAUGAGAGAAAGUCCAACUGUGAGGCGAGACAUUGUUCUAAACAUUGGCUAUACAAAAGAUGGAUGAAGUUAAGAUAAUGACACCCAUUUAUUUCAAUGGGGAAUGCAAACAUUAAUUUAGAAACUGGUCGGGCAGAUAAGGGAGAAAAAAAUGUCUCAUAAUGUAACAGGUUCUUGAUGAAUUAAAGGUAAAUGGUAUGUAGGUCCCACUCUACCAUAUAUUUAAAAUGCCAUGGUUUUCAGUUGAUGUUUGCAGUGACAGUAGACGCAGAAAGAGACUGAUUAUAAUUCCAUGCAGUGCCUUCUUAAAGAAGUAGUUCCUCAUUUUGGGAAACGCUCAUUUGCUUUUUUGCCGAGAGUUGCAUGAGAAGAUUGAUACUCCUUUCAUGUAUGCGAAACAUGAAGCUUUUGGCAGCAGCUGGUUAGCUUAGCUUAGCUUAGCUUAGCUUAGCAUAACAACUGGAAAUGGGGAAAAACAAGUUCCUUAAUUAAACACUCAAGAUAUGAUGUGUUAAAGUGGGAAUAGGCAUCUUGCCUUAUCAGUAUGAGGUAAAUUCUGAUUGUGCAAUGUAAUGGCAACAGAAUAAUGACAUCAUCAGCAUUUAGAUUGGUUCCCUGUGAGCCUUGCUUUCACUAUGCAAUUCUGUGACGCUGCAUCCACAUUCGUUUGAAGCCUACGCACAGUGCUGCCGACUCUUUUCAAAUGAAGGUAGCUAGCAUCAGCUCCGAAAGUCACCAGAAAAUGUCACACUCUCAUUUGGGUAUUGGUGACAUCUUUGUGCAUUAAUGGAAUUAUUAAGAGUUUGCUGAAUCUGAUUCAAUAGAAGAAUCCCCAACAUAACAUUUGAAUCCAUGAUAGCUGUGCAAUCGUGCAGCUCAUCUCAUCUCAUCUUUCCAAAUGUUAUCGCACCGAAUGGAUCAAAUUCUCAUAGUGAAACGAGUCAUUUCGCGGCGGUUGUGACACUCAGGGUGUCGCAGGGCGUCACUUAACGGUGUAAUUCCACUGUUUGCCACUACGAAAAUUGACCUCAAUGUCCGGUGCACUUCCUGGGGACCUGGAUUCUGUCUGCCACCAGGUAUGAUCUCCCGGGAAAAUGAGGGUUUGAUUUACAGCACAAAGGAAGUAUGUAAACCAUUGCGCAACCAAAACAGAAAGAGGAUAGUGGUUUUGUGUUCUUCAAUAUCUAUCAGUAGCUAUCCUGGAUUAUAAAAGAGUACCAGUGUAAGUUCUUUGCAGUUACUAUCCUCAGCUGUGGAAAUGGUGGACACUGGAACAACCGAAGUAACUUUCAAGUUAGCGGGUUGUCGGUAGUUACCAGGUACUGAGGAAAAUGAAAAACAAUCCACUAACGGGGAAAAAGGAUGCCUGUUUCCACUUUUAUUUAUAAUUUUUGGAGUUAUGGGUAGGCAGAUUUCACUACCCUUGGACAGUGGCUAGCUGUUUUCCUGUUUCCAGUCUUUAUGCUAAGCUAAGCUAACCAGCUCUUGCCUGCAGCUUCAUUUUGAACAGACAGGUAUUAAUGUGCUAUCACCUUUCCCAAAAUGUUAAACUAUUCCUUUAAGACCAACCAUCUUAGCUCUUGCUUAUGCUCCCCAGUGUGCACUUAGGGUUGUUUGUUAGUAGGUAUUAUAUUGUUCUGGUUUUGCUGGCUUGUGUAUUUAUUUGAAUUGUUCCUUUAAAGAAGUGUGUAUUUGGUGAAAAUCCAGCCUCCAUGUGUGACUCUGUGAAUUCCUGGGAUCUUAUCAUUGAGCUCUGAGCAUCUGUCAAAUGUCCAAGAAAUAUCAAACUAUUAGUCAAGUGAGCAAUCACUACUAAAGCUAUGUAGGAAAAUGUCUUGAGCGACACAGCUCAGAGUGUUUAGUCCACAAGGACACAACAUCUCAUCCUGACCUGAGAGCCCACACUGACCACACACUGCUUCUUGUCCACAUUAAUUGCUUAUUUGCAUGGGGGUCAUUUGCCAUUCAAAUCACACCUGGCCACAACAGCAGCAGCAUCCGGAGCUGGUGGGAAAGAAAGGACCUGAUUUAGGAGAGGUUGUGACUGAGGGAAACACAGCAGAGAUGUGAUUUAUUUCAUGGAGGGUGGCAGGGAAGGUGAACCCAUAAUGGUCUUUUUUAACAUGCAGCUCCUAAUGUACAAAUCUAAAGUGAUGUUAGCAUUUUUUAAAUACAUGUUGUGACUAAAAUAUUCUACACACAAUACUCUUUGCAUUUGGUAUGACCCCACAUGACAAAGUCUGGUAGUAUCUUGGAGCCUCACAGUGUGGGAUCAUUAUUUAUUCCCUCUAGUUUGGAUCCAUUAUGUGAAAAUUUAACAUUGUCCACGCUCCAG